AUGCUGGGGGACCUCAUGUCUCUUUUUUGGAGUCUCCAUGGGAUACUUGCUUCCUCAGGCACCAUAGGAGCAUUGAUGGCUUGGCUGAUCAGCUAUAAGCCAGCCUUGUUUGGCUUUCUAUUCCUUCUGCUGUUGCUUAGCAACUGGCUGGUCAAGCAUGAACUCAAACCUACUCCUCAAGAGCCCCAGCAGGACAAGAUCCUUGAGCGACUUAUGUUCAGUGAAAUGAAGCUGAAGGUCUUAGAAAAUCAGAUGUUCAUCGUAUGGAAUAGAAUGAAUCACCACAAGCAGUCAAGCCGUCGGCGGACUUUUCCAGCAGGAAAGCACAGAAUGCGGAGGCGGGAGUCUCUUUUCUCCAUCCUCUCUGACUGCACUUCUAAUUCCCCCUGA